AUGGUUCCUCACCCGUGCCUGCUUGCCGCGAAGGAUGGGGACCUCGAAACCCUGAAGAGCCUGGAUGCCAAUGGCAGGCUGAAUGGGGACAUCGAGGAUCACCUGGGCGCCUCCCCAGUCCAUCACGCAGCCAGAGCCGGCCGACUGGACUGCUUAAAAUUCCUCAUCACACAGGCUAAGUUGUCAGCGAACAAGCGGGCCAAAAACGGAGCAACUCCCACCCACGAUGCUGCUGCCACUGGGAAUUUAACGGCACUCCAGUGGCUGACCAGCGCCGGCGGCUGUGACAUUCAGGACCGGGAUGACCAUGGUGCAAAUGCCCUGCACCUAGCAGCUCGAUUUGGCAGAUUGGAAACGGUGCGGUGGCUGCUGCAGGCAGGGUGUGAUCCCAUGUUGGAGGCGGACAAUGGUGCUGUGCCAGCACACUAUGCAGCCGCUAAGGGAGACUUUGCAAGUUUGAAACUGCUUAUCACACAUGCCCCGAGGGCUUUGAACAAGCAGACUCAGAAUGGUGCCACACCCCUCUACUUGGCCUGUCAGGAAGGACACCUUCACAUAGUUGAAUUCCUCAUCAAAGACUGUGAGGCCAAUUUGAACCUGCGAACAUAUGACGGGAUGACAGUUCUUCAUGCAGCGGCACAGAUGGGCCACUGUGCCCUGGUGCUGUGGCUGAAAUCGUUCACCGACACUGAUAUCUCUGCGCAGGACAACGAGGGAGCAACUGCAAUGCAUUUUGCUGCCAGUGGAGGACAUGCCAAGGUCUUGGAACAAUUAAUAAGGAUGGGGGCUGGGAUACUGAAGGAUAACUGGGGUGGCACGCCACUGCAUGAUGCUGCGGAGAAUGGAGAGCUGGAGUGUUGUCAGAUCCUUAUCAUGAAUCACGUAGACCCCACCAUUGAAGAUGAUGAUGGCUAUACUGCUGCAGAGUUAGCAGACUACAAUGGAAACAUGGAGUGUGCUUUGUACUUGCGGCAUGUUGAGAAAGUGCUCCCUCUGGAGGAGCCUCCUGUUUCUAUGCAAGAAUCGAUUCGGAAAUCAAAAAGUAUUGUGAAACAGCAGAACAGAGGUGACUACUACCAGUCAAUUAACGAGGGCCGCAGGGAGUCGCGCGACUUUCAGCAAGGAAUGGAGGAUGGCAAGAGUGAAAACUUAAAGCACAAAGAGGAGUCAAAAGAGAAAGCAUUGGUCCCACUCCCUGUGGAGGAGGUCCCUUCCACAGAUGUGGAUUUGCUGGUGCCCACACAUGACGAGAAAGGGCGUCCCAUACCAGAGUGGAAGCGGCAAGUUAUGGUCCGAAAACUGCAGGCACGGCUGCAGGAUGAAGAAGAACAACGGAGGGAGCACAAAGGAGGAGGUUACCUGCAGACAGAAGUAUGGAGGUAUUCCCAGGAACACAAUGCCAUAUUGGGCCCAUUUGGAGAGCUUCUGACAGAGGAUGACCUUAUCUAUCUGGAGAAGCAGAUAGAAAAUGUCCAGGUGAUGAAGAGGUGCCAGGAAUACGAAGGUGAGCUGAACCGCUUGGCAGUUCAGCUGCGAACUAUUCUCCCUGCUCCUAUUGUCAACAUCACUGUUAAUACUCAGCUUUUGCAUCAGGAUUCAGGCAAGGAGGAGAACACACCCUUGCCUGUUUGGUGCAACAGGAUAUCUGGGAUUGUGAGGACUAUGUCACUCCUUUUGUCAAAUGUAAAUGAAAAAGAUCGCAUGGAUUAUGAAAGCAAGGAAAUUACUAAAAUACCAAAUGUGGAAUUGGCAGCCGUUUUCACUCCAAGGCCUGACCAAACAUCUUCAAGAAAGAGCAGGAACAAAGUAGAGAAAGAAAUCCAGCAGUUUGGGGUGUCAGUACGCACCCUUAGAGCCAAUUUUGAAAAACAAUGUGUGCUGAAAGAUAAAACGCUGUCCAGCACCAAUCCACUGGAAAAUCAGGAAGGUACCUUGGAAAACAAGAAUUAUAAUGAAUCUUAUCCCAUGGUCCCUGAACAUAGAGAUGAAGCUCAAAAUGUAGAAGGUGUUUGUCGUGGUACCACCGCUUGUGAAGAUGAGUCUUGGCACAAAGAUAUCACUGGAGUUCAAAAAAGGGAGUUGAGUGAAGGACAAAUGCGUGAGAUCCAGCAGUCAGACAGCAUGAGGGACACGAGUCAAUUGGGAAUUAACUCAAAGAAUGAUGUGGUGGAGGACCAUGCUCCCCGUUCCCCUGUGACAGAGUCGACUAGUCUGAGGAAAGAAAGAAUAGUUGUGUUAUUCCUAGGUCACUGGAAAAAGUCAACUUACACCAUGUCUUUGAAAAUGAAGCUCAAAAAUUUGUGUACAUCUGCCACUGUAGAAAAUAGCAAUGAAUCGCCAAAAGAUGGAGAGAUGACUAAAGCAGAGGAGGGUGGUGGAAAGCUGGAGUUGAAAACACAUCUUGAACCCCAGUCCAAGCAGUCCAUUCCAAAUGAAAAGCUUAGACAUUUGUUCCUGCAGCAAAGGACCAUCACCAAACUCAUUGGCAAUUGGAGAAACAUCAUAUCCCAUGUUCCAUCCAGACAAAUUAGACGAUUAAAUCGGCAAAGGAUCACCUACUCGCCUGAGCAGUUUCUCCCUCGUAUCAAUGGUGUUCCUGCUGACUAUGAUAGUCUGACCCUUGACCUUUUCAUGUUGGGAUACUUUCACAUCCUUGAACUUGACCUGCCUCCGGAUGAAAGGAAAAUGAGGCAUCUUCUGUGCUUUGAGGUAUUUGACCACCUGGGGAAAUUCAGUUGGGACUUGGUCCGUGCAUUCCAUAAGGCUGUCAUUGAGGAGAUUGAUGCCGGCAAAAGGGAAUGGAAGAAUGGAUUUGAAGACAUUAAACAAAGGUUCUUCAGCAACCCCGAAAACAUGGUAGCUACACCCACACAGUCCGAGCCGACUAUAAGACCGGUGCCCAAAGUCAUUGUGCAAAGUGCCACACCUGAAGAGGACGAAAUACCCACAGGCUAUGGCUACUCCUCUGACCUCGGAGCCUUUAGCAAUGAUGAAAUUUGCAAGUACAUUGAUAGAAGCUUUGCUUUCUGGAAGGACAAGGAAGCAGAAAUUUUUGAUUUUGAGGAAUAG